AUGCCAGUCUUGGAAUUGUCUUUUCAACAAAAAAUAGGUGACUUACUUGGAGUACCAAAUUCUACCAGAUCAGUAGUCCCACCACCACCUGUCCGACCAACAAGAAUGUCAACAUUUGAACCACUACUUCGAUGGUAUCUUGACUGUGGAGCUAUUGUCAUAUUGGAUGAAUUCCAAAUCCUCCCGGGUCAUUUCUUUGAUGGUCUUCGUAGCGUAUUAGACGUUGGUCCAUUCAAGGGAGCUAUUGUCCUCGUCGGCUCUCACGUCACACAAAUCGGAGCGGAGCUCAAUCCAAUCCACGGAAGAUUUUUCGAAACAAUUUGGUUUAAACCUCUCUCUGCCACCAAAUCUUUCAAACUCGUAAAACAGAUCAAUCCUCAAAUUUCAAAAGAGCAAUUUUUAACAAUCUACGCUGCACUAGAUGGAGUAAUUGGAUAUUAUGAUACUUUUAUAGAGGUAAGCCAAAACAUAAAAUAUAAACCAAGACUUUCUAAAUUAUUCAACUCGGCCACUCAGUACGUCAACGAGCUCAGUGACUUCCAAGUUUCACUUUUACGAGCAAUUUGGAAAUUAAAUGGCAAAAACAUCAUUACAACCUUUAGCAAGGAAACUGACUGCCUUUCUGCAACUGUAGAGAAGCAUAUCGACGAUCUGAUCAAUUGCAAACUGGUGGUUGAUAAGAAGUGCUACUUUAGUAACAAUCCAAAUCGUUUAUUUGUUAUUGACAAUCCAUUCAGAGCGUCAUUGGAGUCUACUUUGGAAAAGUACACCGUUUUAGAAGGAUUUGUUUUGGAAGAAAUUGCAAGAAGUCAUUUCAAACAAUAUAUUGCUCGCUCAACUGGGCGCGACGUUGAGGUUGACGAUAGACACUGGGCUUCAAUUAAUGCAGAGAUCGAUGUCAUGGCAAGCAGUGGAGAUGGACAUUACUAUUGGGGAUCAUGCAAACGAUCAUCAACCAAACAAAUCCAUCCAAUGAUACAGACAAAACUUUGGAGAAUGCAAAGGCCAUUUCAGCACAAACAAUACAGGAGAAGUGCUUUUCCAUGUUCCCACAGAGCCAUCCAGAGGGGUUCACUUUCAAAUUCACAAUUAACAUUGGAUCUUGUCAGUCAUUGGACAUUGAGACACUGUUACUCACAUCCAUUCUCUCAUCAUGAUCAAACCAUUUUAUUCACCUUUAGAAGGUCGACUAUUGAUCUUUAUUUUUAUUCAAGUUAA